ACGUUUGACUUGCCCUGCAAGUACGAAGACACCGUGCGACGCAGGAAGAAGCCCAAUCGUGAAGAACGUCUUCAAGAGCUGGAACAGCGCAUUCGAUCAUUACAAGAUGAAUUGAAUGAAGCGCACACCACUAAAAGGAGACGACUCAUGAGUGACGAUAACACAGGCCCAGAACAUGUCCAGCUCUCAGAUGAAUCUGAUUCAGAACUACCGUCUCCAAAAGAUGAUACCAUUUCAGUGCCCUUCGAGGCCGAGGCCGAUCGAGGCGAUGGCGACGGAGGGUCAUAUACCCUUAAAACCCCGAAAGGCGCCAUGCGCUUUUUUGGUGCAUCCUCCCAAUUUUCAAUUGUCUCCCCUGAGGGUGUGGGUUGGCUUGAAAGUAAAACGGGGAAUAAUUCGUGGCGCCAUGUCGCCCAGAGAAACGGCAGCCGAUGGAGGCUAGCUGAUUGGUAUCCCCGAGCUCUCAAAGAUGAUUUCCAGAGAAGAUGCUCACACCCCCUGCCAUCGAAGACCGUCAUACUAGAACUGGUCCAGGAGUAUUUUGCCACGUUCAACAAAGCCCUACCUUUGUUUGACUCCGAAAGCUUCAUGGGAAUGAUCAAUAGACAUUUUUCGUGGAAUCCCAGCGAAAGUCCGUCAUGGUGGGCUGCACUAAACAUUGUUCUUGCUAUGGGAUACAGGCAAAGGGCAGAGAGCCCAGGCGCUAGCAGCGAUGACUGGCAAAGCUGCCUGGGUCACGUCAAAAACGCAAUGAACGUGGUCACAGAGCUGUUUAUGCGGACGUGUGACCUACUAGCUGUCCAAGCUCUUCUUGGUCUGGCAUUUUUCUUCCAAGGCACGCCAAACCCCCAGCCUCUGUUCAUGUUUGCCGCUGCUGCUGUGCGGCUGUCGCAAUCUAUUGGGUUGCACAAGUCUAACUCCUUUGAUCUCCCGGCGUCUCAGGUUGAGGAACGGAGGAGGGUCUUUUGGAUGGCGUUUAUGCUGGACGCCGACAUCUGUCAGCGGACCGGUCGUCCUGCAGCUCAGGAUACCCGCGAUUUCAGUACUCUGCUACCCCGAGAAGAUCCACCUGAUGGUCUAGGCGUGAUGGAAGUCGGAAACUCAAAGUUCAACUUUUUCUCGGCACUAGCUCGAUUUGCUUUGAUCCAACGGCGAGUUUGUGAUGAGCUGUAUAGCACCCACGCUUUCAAGAAACCCAAGGAAGAAUUGAUGAAAGAUGUGAGGUCGUGCUUUGACGAUAUUGAAGCCUGGAAACAAAGUAUUCCGCCGAGCCUUCGACCGCAACGAAACUUUUCGCUCAAUCACCAUGCCUUCCGCCCAUACAUAUUGAGGCUCCAUUUUGCAUACCAUUGUUGCUAUCUCAAUAUUCACCGAGUCUGCCUGCUUCCUCGACGCUGGCCAGCCAGCCCGCAGAAUGAAGGUGCUAUCCCGCCAGGACCACUGAUUGAUCGAGAGACCUCAAUGCAACAAUCCCUGGAAGCAGCACGCGCUGCUAUUGAUUUGAUCGGCCAAGUUCGAGAUGACUUUGGCCAAUCCUUUGAAUGGAGCAUUGUUUACUUCCCAGGAGCAGCUUCAGUGGCACUCUUCUCGGAAAUUCUCAUCGAUCCUUCGCGCCCCGACACCGAAUCGGAUAUUUCUAUGAUCCAUACGGUUGUAAAUUUCCUUUCAAAGGUUGCAUCCCAAGAACAAGACACAUACUUAGACUAUGUGUUAGCGUUGUGCUCCGACUUCGAACAUGAAGCCAAAAAAGAGUUACAUCGGGCUAGAAACCCUGAGCCGAAUCCCAUGAGCAAUAAUCAGCCAACUGUUACUCGCCCGCAAUGGCAAAUCUGGGCGCAGAAUGACUAUCUACCCCAGACCCAGUUGACGGGGGGAGACUUCAACCAGCCCCAACCAACUCGCAAUGAUCCAAGCGAUUUUCCAUCUUCAAAUAUGCCUGCUCCAGAGCAAAUUCCACAAAAUCUAGGACAGCUACCGUAUCCUGCCCCCCUUUCUUGGAAUUGGCAAGACAUGUUAGCAGGUGUUCCUCCAGCUUAUGAUUUCGGACCAUAUGAUUUGAGUGGGGCUUCUGGAGGAUUGUGA